AUGAAUGACGACCCUUGUGUCAUUUGCGGUACCAGCGGUCAUGAUGCAUACGAUGGUGCUUGUCCAAAACUCAAUGUGCCCACUGCAAUGGAUUCGCCUCUCGCUAGGAUCUAUGGUCCAGGUAAAGCCAAUGCUGCUCGCCAGACUAUUGUCAAGUUCCGCAAGUCGAAGAAGCCGCGAUAUCAGGAUCCGGCGGCAGAAGCAACAACAGAUGCGAAUGCGGAAGCCUUAGCACAGAUGCAAUUGGAUGACCAGACCCAGAAUACAACUGAAGGCCCGGCCAAGGCCGCAACCAUAGAUGCAGCAAAGGACACAGUCAAGGACAAAGUUACAGAUGAAGACGCCAUGCUGAACGGAAUCCUUCGGUCAGUCGGUUGCUCAACUGAAGGUCUGACAGCGGUUCGCGACAUCACGCAGACAGAUCCUGUAGAGACAUGCGCACCGAAAUUCGUCCAUGUACCGGAUAAAGACCCAGUUGGCCCAGGCAAUGCGUUCCAACCAGAGCUUGCCCUGAGUAAGGCGAAUAAAGCAGAGUUUCCCCUCCGCAAAGCAUUCGCUCAAGCAUCGUCGGAUGUUCUCACAAAUCAUUUUGAAGUUCGCUUCAAGCCCAAUACCCGCUUCUUUGUCUACGAAAUUCUUAAGAUUCCUGGUGGGAAGAGCAAGCGCAAGGCCAAGUACAUCUUCAAGACUGCCGAAGAAGCAUGGAGUGUGCUUAGAGACAACAAGCAAUACUAUGCCACAGAUCAUUUCAAGACAAUUGUUUCAUGGAAAAACCUCCACGAGACGAUUGGGUAUCAGCCCGUUAUCCCCGGAGAUGACGGUACUCAAGCUGGCGCUAUAUGGCAGCCAGAGGCUAUCGCAGAUGGAAGUGAGAGAGUGCAGCUCUUCCUCAAACUCCACCGCGAACUUGAUCUUGAUGGGUUGUAUCGCUAUAUGGAUGCAAGUCACAAAGAGAGUGAUCCAGAGUUCAACUUCAACCCCAUAAUCAGCGCGCUCAACCUUGCGAUUGCCAAAAGCAUGACUUCAGAUGUCUUCCAGCAAUCCAGUAACAAGUUCUUUGUCAAGGGUGGUUAUGAGGCCUUGCUCGGAAAGCGCUCUCUGAAAUCCCUGUGUGCGAUUCGAGGUUACUAUUUUACCAUCAAACCCGGAAUGCAGAAGAUUUUCCUCAACGUUAACCCUGCUACCAGCGCAUUCUUUAGACCCAUUACGGUUGGCGAGUUUCUGGCUGAUGAAACCUUCUCUGAGGAUGAGCGAGUACGGCUCCUCAAAACACUGCGUGUGUAUAUUGAAUAUGACCGCUUGCCGAACAAAGACAAUCAGGAACAGACCGAUCGCCUCAACAAGCCCCAGAACCGCGUCAAAUGCGUCUUUGAACUGGGCAGGAAAUUCAGUGAUCCAAGCAUGAAGUUUCUAGAUUCAACAGAUCCUAAGAAACAUACGCGUGUUGAGAAGCACUUGAGGAAUGUGUUUGGCAAGGACUUCAACAAUGACCUUGCGGCUAUCAACGUUGGCAAUGAGAGGGAGCCAGUCUAUUACCCUCGUGAAUAUCUGCGAAUUCUGCCGUACCAGAUUUAUAAGAAACUUCUUCCAGAGGAACUGAUCGACAGUAUGCUGAAACUGGCGGCGCAUGUACCCUAUACCAGCCGACGUCUUAUCGAGAUCGAGGGCAUGAAUAGUCUCGGACUCAAUCCUCGUAAUGGAGAACAGCCGCUCAUACCAUCCGCGCAACUGAGAGCUCUCACCAUUUCGUACGGCUCCGGAACCCCUGACGCAAGACCGAAUGACAAAGCUCAAUGGAAUCUUGGAAAACUCAAGAACUUUUUCGAUUCUCCUGGUUAUUCUACCAAGAAGCGAAUCAACUACCUUUUGCUCGUCGAGGCCAGCUUACGACAUGACAAAGACACGGUAAUCACCUACCAAAAUACAUUCAACCAUCUCCUGAAUCGAUAUAACAUCUGUGACGGUGCGAACUGCUUGAGUUCGGCGUUAAUCCAAGGCCUUCGAGGGGUACCUUACGACUCCAUCAAGGCGACGAUCCAGGAAUCUAUCCAGAGCAUGAAGAAGGGUCAUCCUAGAACUGACUUUGUUAUUAUGCUCUUGAAGAACAAGAGUAUCCCAAUUUACUCUGCUUUCAAAGACGUCGUGGAUCGUUAUGAGGCUCUGCAGUCUCUCUGCAUGACUCAAGCCCCAAAUGUAAAGCGAGGGACCUUCAAUAAGGACAUCACCCAGUACAUGGCCAACAUCAUGAUGAAGGCGAAUCUCAAGUUUGGCGGAAGCAAUCAUAUUGUUCAUUUUGACAAUACAGGUAUCAAGGUUUCGUUGCAAGACACUCUGGUUCUUGGAGCAGAUGUCACCCACCCCGGCAGUGGCUCACUGGUUGGAUGUCCCUCGAUCGCUGCCGUCGUUGGCUCCAUCGAUUUCAACGCAGCCAAAUUCCGAGGCUCCAUGAGACUCCAGAGGACUUGCAAGAAAGAGAUCAUCGACGACCUCGAACCCAUGGUCUCCGAGCGCCUCAUGGCCUACUUCCGCGCAACCAAGUCCCUUCCCAAGAAUAUCCUCUACUAUCGUGACGGCGUCAGUACGGGGCAAUUCGCCCAAGUCCGCGACGAAGAGCUACCACAAAUCCGCUCCGCCUGCAAAGCCAAAGGCAUCGCCAAUAUCAAAAUCACCGUCGUCGUCGCCGUAAAGCGCCACUCAACCCGCUUCUUCCCCACCUCGGUCGCUUCCGCAAACGGAAACUGUAGACCAGGCACGCUCGUCGACCGCGCAAUUACCUUGCCGCACUACUCAGAUUUCUACCUGCAAUCGCACCACGGCCUCAAGGGCACAGCGAUCCCAACGCACUACAUGGUCAUCGCGAAUGAAAUCGGAAUCAAAGAUACAGAGCUCCAGGAACUCACGUACAAGCUUUGCUACACGUACGCGCGGGCUACGCUCGGUGUGUCGUAUCCGCCUCCAGCAUACUAUGCGGAUCGACUAUGCGAUCGCGGUCGCGCAUACUUGCGCAACUGGUUCAGUCCCGACAGAGGCAGUGCAGAGUACAAGUCUUAUGCGAAUCUUGUGAGUACUAUCAAGCACAAGGAGCAGGGCCGUUUGGCGCGGAGGAAGGUGAAUCUGGUGCCACAGGUGCUGCAGCCGGGGAAGGGUGCACAAAGGAAGUCGCCCGAUGAGAUUGCGGUCGAAAGGGAGCAUGAGAAGUUUGUGGAGUGCGAGAUUGAGAAGGCGGUGUUGAAUCGUGCGGUUUUGGAAUGGAAUCGCGCGCGUUCGGGGGGUCCGGGGCCUUGGGCGAAGGAGCUGGAUGAUACUAUGUUUUGGAUGUGA